UGUUCUCUCCCGGGCAGGAUAGGUAAGCGCUGGGAGCAACUGAAUUUAACUGGAGGUUUGGCUGUAAUAACUCGCAUUUUAUGGACUGAGUGUCAUUAGGCUACAAUGACUUUUAUUGACAAAGGCUGGAGUUCUUAUCAGUAAAGUAUGUUCAGCUGGCCGAUGAACAUUUGACAGACGUGUAGGAGAACCUGUGCACUGCAUUCACUCAAUUGCUGUGGAGUAACAUUUCUGGGACAUGAUCUGAUCAGUAAAGACCGGAUUCAUUCACUGGAUGUUUUCUGUUUGGAAAACUGUCAAGACUGCGGAGAGCAUACGGGAAGCAGCGAUGGACAGGCGGAUGAUCUGCAAUGGCCUCCACUAAUGGCUUCAAGAAGGAAUUAAUAUCAUUCUUUCACACCGGUGACCCGUGCUUACCGCAACUUUGUCAAAACACGUUCAAGUGCUCCUGCAACACAAUCAGAUGAAAAGAAACAAAUGAGUGAAAUUAGAGCGGCCUAAGGAAUCGGAGUCAAAACUGGCACAGAUGCCAGCCUUUUUUCCACUUUAAAGUUCAGUGUUACCACAGAGGCAGUCUGCCUCAUCAUCCUCUGCCUGCUUAUUAUCUAUCAGACACCAUUUAAUGAGGCAUCAGAAGAAAGGCGCAACCAUGUACUUACUGCUAGGGUUUGUACUACAGGCCCUGUGGGUGAGUUGGUGUCAUGCCACUCAGCAUUACCCGGCCUCAUGGGGGCACUAUGAUGUUUGUAAGUCCCAGGUUUAUGCAGAGGACCGCCUGGCCUGGCACUACAUGGCCUGCCAGCCUGAGGCCACUGAUAUGACCAAAUACCUGACUGUGUCUCUGGACCCACCCAACAUUACCUGCGGAGACCCACCUGAGAUGUACUGUGCCCUGGAAAACCCAUAUAUGUGUAAUAACGAAUGCGACGCUGAUACCGAAGAGCUGGCCCACCCGCCCGAGCUCAUGUUUGACUCUGAAGGACGAAACCCAACCACGUUCUGGCAGUCGACCUCCUGGAAGAAAUACCCCAAGCCCCUUCAGGUCAACAUCACGCUGUCCUGGAACAAAACAAUAGAACUCACAGAUGACAUUGUCCUCACCUUUGAGUCUGGCCGACCCGAGCAGUUGGUCUUGGAGAAGUCGCUAGAUUACGGUCAUACGUGGCAGCCGUAUCAGUUUUACGCAUCUGACUGUUUGGAUGCCUUUACUAUGGAGCCAAAAGCAGUACAUCAGCUGACCCCAAGCACAAUGCUAGAAAUCAUCUGCACUGAGGCCUAUUCAACAGGCUAUGUGUGGAAGUACGAUAAGACUGUGCGCUUCGAGAUCAAAGACCGCUUCGCCCUUCUUGCUGGCCCGAGACUGCACAAUAUGGCUUCUCUGUAUGGGCAGCUGGACACCACCAAGAACCUAAGGGAUUUCUUCACCCUCACUGACCUUCGCAUAAGACUUCUUCGGCCUGCCACCGGAGCCACAAUGGUGGAUGAGAACAACCUUUCUAGAUACUUCUAUGCCAUCUCGGACAUUAAAGUGCAGGGCAGGUGCAAGUGCAAUCUGCAUGCCAACAGCUGUGUUUUUGACAAAGGGAAGCUGGGGUGCGAGUGCGAGCACAACACUACAGGGCCGGAUUGCGCACGCUGCAAGAGACACUACCAGGGCCGAGCCUGGAGCAUGGGCUCCUACCUGCCCAUCCCCAAGGGUACUGCCAAUAUCUGUAUCCCGAAUAAUCUUGGCACCUCUGUUCGACCGAAUGCUUCUUCUCUUGGAGCAGCAAACCGAAAUCAAGCUCGAGUGUGUGACAAUGUGCUCCUGCGCUGUCAGAACGGUGGUGUGUGUCACCACCACCAGCGCUGCCAGUGUCCGGCUGGUUUUGGCGGCAUACUGUGUGAGAAGGCCCAGUGCCAGGGUGACUCUUGCGAGGAUCUGCAAUCCAGCCAGCCGUCCCUCCGCCCCCCGCCCACGGCCCAGACUCUCCCGCUGGCUCUUCUAUCUCUCAUCUCCUCCCUGCUGGCCACCCGGGGCCUUACAUCACUCUAAGGGGAACGCUUUUGCCCCAAAGACAUUCUCCAUGGGGGCUCCAAUCAUGACUUCCUGUUAGAGGACACACAACGACUGAAAAUAAAUGCUCCUUUGAUGAGGGAAAAAAAAUGAAACAUCUUUUUAGGAAACCGUAAAGUUUUCUACUCAGUACUAUGUCAAUUAAAGUUUGCCAGAGAUGAUGGAUAAACUGAAAAAAAUUGAAACUGCAAGAGGAAAUUUCCAAAAAAAAAAAACCCCAAAAAACAGCAACAACAUAAAAAAAUCUGACACUAAUGACCGUCUUUGUCUUUGUUGAAAAUGUUAGGAAGAAAUCAAAUCAAUACACUGUUACACUGCUCUGAAGCCAUCCUUCAGAUAAAACUUCAUCUCAAGCCUCAGAGCGCAGAAACACUGCAAUACAAUUUUUUUUUGGAGACAAAUCAUCAAUGUGAAGAUGAAUCAAGAUGUACUCGUAGACUGCCACCUGAAUUUACGCACACACCAACACGACUGGUUGUCAAACUUCUCACACCUUACCUUUUCCUGACCCUCUUGCUUCUUCUUGUAACUCUGUGAAGUCAUGUAAAAGUCCCAUGAUGUAUGUCACACAAGAAUUGAUCCAGAUUAUCAGUCAGAGCUGGUGUAAGAUCAAAUAUAGAGUAACAUGAGAGACAAAUGUUGACAUUUUGUACUGGGAUGUUUUCAUGCAAUGAGAAUUGGAACAAGAAGAAAGACCCUGAUCAGCAACGUGAUUUAUUGCAUCGCUGCAACAACCUGUAGAAUUUGGGUUGGUCAUUUAUUGCCCUGAUGAAGUUGAAUAUUCCUGUUCAGUUGCUAAUUGUUUUGCUUAAAACAUACGUUUACAUUUUCACCGACCGAACUGUAUGAAAGGUUUCACCAAAGGGCUUUGGUGAGAAAUCCUUUGUUGCUUGAAGCCAACUAUGUUUGUGAAUUAAAGAUGAAAAAAGAACUUUAUUGCCAUUUCGUGAAAGCAAAUCUUCAAAGAUAAGAGGUGUAUUCUGUUCAUAUGUUCUCAGAAGUUCAGGCAUGUUUUCAAAGCUCUUAGAAACUGUACAAAUUGCAGGUGUAUUGAAUUUAGCGGUUAGCACUUUCCCAAACAUUACAAUUGUUAAGAAUGGUGCAAAAAUGUUAGAAACGUUCAUCUGUCAAAGUAUGCACACUUUGAACUCAAAAUUGAAAACUGAAAUAGAUGAAAGACAUGUUCGGCUUAAUUAUGUCAGUGUUCUGAAAAAGGAAUUUAAACAUGAUGGGCCUCAUUGACAGAUUCUGUUUAGACUUAGCAUUAUCCAGAAUAAACCACA